AUGAUAACGAAACUCGCGCGAGCCCCUUCGGCGAGGCGAGCAAGCGGCCUGCUCGCCCAGCUGUGGCAGUGGCGCGCAGUGGCCCUCGUGCUCGGGCUGGUCGUGUGGAGCGGCCUCCUGCUUCAGCACCAACUUCGGUUCGCGGCCAACUACAAUGUCGACCAAGCAGGGGCCGACCUGGGCUCGAGCCUUGCAGUCGACGACGACGGCUUCGGCUCGCCCCAGCCCCAACCCAUCACCCCCGACAAUGACGAGCGCAGCGCCAAGGCCGCUUCGACUUUGGCUCCGCCAUUGUCCGGAGCUGUUGAGCGAGUUGAUGAAGAGUCGGUAGAGGGGAAGGUGGUGCGGCUGGUGGAAGCGAAGGGGGUCUACAAGCCGUUCCGAACGGCGGUGGACCUGCUCGAAGAGGACCCCAACGACGUACCGCCCCUCGUGCGCGCCUGGCGCCGCGGCCUUUUGGAUUUUCACGACAUCAGACAAAGGCCACCUCCACCCAGCGUCACAGAGCGCUCGAAGAGCUCGGACAUCCAGUACACCAAGCUGGACAAGCUGCUGCACCUGCACAACGGCAAGCAACAGUUUGGCCCGCUCUUCAACUACGAGUUCUGCAGGACAAGUGCGUGCUGCACGAUGAAGCGCGAUGCCGGGUUCGGUUGUCUUGCGCCUGGGCUCAAGACGGCGUUGGGCGAUGACUACUGCGACGGCAAGCUGGAGUCGAACACCCUGGAGGGCUACAACGCCGCCAACCCGCACAACCCGCUGCGAGUCGUGAGUCGCUACAGCGACGGACAGCUCCACGGUGUUGGGGAAGGUGGUGGCGAAUCGGAACAGUGCGAGCACUACAUCCACGGCAUGCCUCAUAUGACCCACCCUGCGGACAACUCAGUGGCCAUGUACUUCCACUGGUAUGCGGACUAUUUGCUCGGCUGGUGGGCUGACUUUGAGGGGCGGGAGCACGAGGACCACGUCGUCAUUGUCGACCGCGAUGCCAUGACUACACGGAACGGUCUGUUCUCGCAGUACGGACUGUUCUCCCGCCACGAGUGCUAUCGCUAUCGCUCCGAGCUCAAGGAAAACACCUGUUUCACCAUGGUCAAGCAGCCCGUGACCACUGCGCGGGACUGGACGGACUUUGCGAGCUGGGCGUUGCAGCGAUUGGAGAUCAAGGUCGAGCGACCCACCGAGUCGCACGUGGGCAUCAUCUCGCGCAGCUUCAAACGGUUCCUGCUCAACGAACAGGAAUUGUUGCAUGCAACGCUUCAGCUGAACGUGUCGGCUGAGCUGCUUCUGUUUGACACGCUCCCGUUUUAUCAGCAAGUCCAAGCCCUACGCCGAACUACGGUGUUGGUCGGAAUGCACGGCUCGGGCUUGACGAACGCGCUGUAUCUACAGCGUGGAGCCGUUUUGCUCCAGAUCAUGCCAUUCAAGACAGGUGGUGGAGCAGCGGCCUACCAGGGCUUCACGCACGGCGCGGGCGCUGUCUACAAGGAAUGGACCAAUCCGUGUCAGGAAUGCACGGUGAUGCACUGGGACAUUCUCAAUGAGCAAGAAAAGGCCGACAAGGCGGGGAUCCUAGAGCGAGGAGGAUGGAGUGCCAGCGGUAGCCUCUACUUCUGGUUUUGGGUCAACCAGGAGACCUACGUGGACCCCAAGCAGUUCCAGGCGCUGAUCCGCGAUGCCUUGAGCGCUGACUACCUCCACGCUCCCCAGGAGGGCGGUGACUAA